CGUUUUACGGAGUGUAAUUUUAUUAAAAAAGGGAAAUUACUCAUGUCAGAGAAAGGAGAAUCAAAUGGAUUUCAAUCGACGGUGCAAAACCUUGGAUCAACCUUCGCAGAGGAUGGCUCGCCACCGUACAGCGAUAUGAUGCCGCCGGCUUCCUCUCCCCCGCACUCUUACCAGGUAUCCGCCGGGUACGGCGGUGUAGAUGCGCCGCUGACGGAUUCAGGUCCCCCCGAUCUCAAACCUAGCGGAACCGAACCGGGUAAGAAAAAGCGAGGAAGGCCACGGAAGUACGCUCCCGACGGGACUGCACUCCAUGGCGUAAUGUCUCCUCCGCCUCUUUCUGUGAGUUCCACCGGUGGAUCCUUGUCCCCAACUGGGACGCACGGGGCGGAUAUGGCGUCGUCUCCUAAGAAGAAGUCGAGGGGCAGGCCUUCUGGUUCUGGGCGAAAGCACCAAAUGGCCGGAGCUUAUUUAGGUAUUUUUCCCUGUAAUCUGCAUUUCCUCUCAUGUGCUUGAUAUUAAUAAUGCUUCGUCUUUUUAUUCCUUUUGUUUAAUGUCUAGUCGCAUGUUUAUUUAAAUUAUUGUUAAGAAAAUGCGGUAAUACUU